GCAGUUCGCCGUCUCUUACUGAUGAGAAGUGCUCUCCAGAGAGGGACAGUCGCAGCAAAGUCACUGGCUGGAUGCUUUUACGCCGGAGGAAAACCCUAUUUCUUGUAAAGAUUAUUUCGCCCUUUUCACAGAAUAUGUUCCAAAACACCGGAUUGCCUUUGACAUUUUUUCAUUUUGCUCUUUUUUCCAACUUCAGCUCAUUUUAAUUCCAGUCAGUGCUGAGAACAUCGAGCACAAAGUUGGGCUAAGAACUCCAUGUCGUUGAGAAUAUUUCUAAACGCAAGAGUAAAAUCUGCAAUUUGACAGCUGUACCUUGGAGCACAUACCAGGAAAAGAAGGAGAGCAGAGCAGGUUACAGAGGGAGGUGCCUUGUAUCCAUUUGUGAAUAACUUGGGGGAUUUUCUGCCUUUGUAAAUUAAGGCAAAACCUGGACCACUUUGAACAGCACGAAUACGGGAACGAGUUUGGAAGAUAGGCAACAUGUUGCAGUAGAAGUGGUCUGCCUGUGGAUUUUAUGUCGGCAGGCGAUGACAACCUGUCAGAUGACAACGGGAGGACAGAAAGGUACCGGCAGCUGUGAAGUGCACUCGGGCCGCAGGAGGACACAAGCAAUGCACGAUGGAAAGCGAUGGCAUCAUGAGGAGAAGAAAAUCAUGGCAGAAAGGAUAUCUGUGACGCAAAAGAACCAACGAGGCUGGAAGGUGAUGUUAUGGAUCCUUGCUUCUCUGUUGUCAAUAGUGGUGGGUGUUUCACCUCAGGAGAGCUGGAGUCCGGAACCAGCCACUGAGACAGAAGGCCUCUUGGAGAAACUGGAAAGUGAAGCAGAGGGCUUCUCAGAGGUGUUUCCUCCGAGCUUCCAGAAGCAAGAUGAGCCACCACAGGAGACUGAGGUGGAAGUGAUCGACAACAUUGAACAUUCAGUUCACUCCAAUUGGGGCACACUCUUUGUGGACCCUUCCCUGUCAGAAUUCCCUGAUGACCACCAAAAUCGGUGGGAGCGCUCUCCUUCAGACUCUUUGCGCCAUAAGGCAUCCAGGAAAAGCAGAAAGAAGCCAAAGCCUUCUCCUUCCCCUCGAGGGGACAGCCGUGGUUGCAAAGUACGGACCCUCCAUGUACGGGUCCGAGACCUGGGACUUGGUUAUGACUCAGAUGAGAUUGUCCUCUUUAAGUACUGUGCAGGAUCCUGCCAGCGAGCACGUACUAAUCAUGACUUGACACUCAGCAAACUACUACAGCAGAAGGUUAUCCACUCGGGCCGUGGUGAAGAGAAAAUCAGUGCUCAUCCUUGUUGUCGGCCCACCCGGUAUGAACCUGUCUCUUUCAUGGAUGUGCAGAACACAUGGCAAACAGUGGAAAAGCUGUCAGCUGCUGAGUGUAGCUGUGUGGGCUGAAGGGGCCUGUGCAUCCUCCAAGAAUAAAUGAAAAAAAGGAAAGGAAGAAGGCUUUUGAGGAGUUCUUUAGCCAGGGUGUUGUGGUAGGGGAUAAGGCGAGUUUGAAAUGCUGGAAAUGAGUUCCUCCAGCAAGAAUCACAAGGGUGUCAAAAAGAAGACGGCCAUUCCUUGCUGUCUAUGGAACGGACAAUGGCACAUAGUGCAUCCAUACUGAAGACCUCUGACUGCCCUGACCAUUGACAACAAUGGAGAAAGAAGAAGGAAUGUAAAUGGUUCACUGCCGCUGGAUUCCCAGGACUAUUAAACAAGGGAUGGAUGCAGUUACAUUGAGGACCCUUGUUAGGUGCACAGCCAGGUUAUCUGUAUUAUAAAGGCUUGUUUCCUGUAACUGCCUAUGGGUGGCUGUCAGCAUCUGCAACAGCUCAUACUGUAUUUACUCCCCCAACAGGAGUAAAAAAAAGGAAUGCUAAAUUGAAACUGAAGCUGAUUACUGCCAAAUCAACUAUAAUGUUAUCCAUAAAGCAUCCAAGAAAGAGCAGCUAAUGUAUCCAAAUAUGACAACCGUAAGCAAGGAUGCCUUCUUGGGGAUUAAUACAACUUGAACACUCUUUGGUAGUGUUUGUGGACGCCCAGAUGUGUUAGGAUUAAAAAAAGAGUUAGUUUUGUAUUUGUAUCUUAUCAGAUGAUACUUUUAUUUAGAAAAAAUAUCUGAUUAUGGUUCAUAGUCCAAAAAAAAUAAUAACAAGUUCACCCACCAGCAAAAUCUGUCUUGGUGACGUCAUGAAAGUUCUCUGUUUGUUCUAUCCUUUGCUAAGAAGUGAUGAUUGUGAAGGGGUGUACCUUUCACAAGCUGGGUGCAUGUAAGGUGAUGCCAGCAAGAUUUUUGGAAUUCACUGUGACUAGCAGCUGUAGCCAUUUCAGCAUUGUUCAAGGGUGGGCAAUAUAAAACCUAUAGUUUCUGUUGGGCCAUUUCCUCAAACUGAUAUAGAGCAUUGUUAACUGUUUUUUCCCAUAUUUAUGUAGCUGCAGUGCAAGACAAAGCUGCUUGUGGAAGCUCGAUGGCUCCAUAAGAUGGUGCUUUCAAUCAAGUACAUGAGGCGUUGAACCUGAACAACAACGUAGACACUUGAUUAUGUGGAGGAGAUGUUAGGACAGCAUAGCAAUUAGCUAACCAAACGAGCAUGGCAGAAUGAAUGGUGCCCUCUUAUUUACCAAUCUUCUUAUCUUUUUAAGCUCGCAGUACACAACAGGACUUUGAGUCGACAGCUUUUCAGACUUAAUGACUGCAGUUGCUCAAUCUUGUUGCUUUCAGGAUAUCAUAUUAUACAACUAGGGGUGGCAGGUGAUGACAGAUUACAUCACCCGCUCACACAGGUCACCACUGUUUCAAAUUUCCAAAGUAGCACACAUUUUGAUGUCAAUUAAUGUGGUACCAAAAAUGGAUAUAUAUGAAUGUUUCUAAGUAUGAUGAAUUCAGCUACAGUCUCAUUCCCAUCUUUUUGUUUUUUACAUUCUGCAACGGUACGAGAAACACAAGACAUUGAACAGACAAGACUCUCCUGUUUGCAUUGUCCAAAACACCUGUUUUCUUUCUUUACUUGUGACUUGUUGUACUUUUGCAUGAGUAUUCAUUGCUUCUCAGCUCUCAUACAUACAGGAGUCUGUCUCUACAACUUAAGAGAAAAUCAUACCUUGUCAUGGUGAGGUAUGCACCACUGUGAUUUUGGAGAUGGGGAUGUCACAUUACUUGUCUGGCAGUGUCAGGCAUGAACUGCAACUGUCCACGACACUCCAACAUUAUGUAAAUGAAUAACUUAAUUGGUUAUGCACAAUUUAAAUGCAAGGUAUAGUCUGGAGCCUACAUAAAGCACUUACGAUUUAUAUUUAUUUUACAGUGUUUUUCCCAGUUGAUUCUGGGGUUCGUCAGGGGUGUGUUCUUG